AUGUCCUCCACGUCGUCUCCUCCAUUCUCUGCUGUCACUACUCCUCACAAGCACCAACUCCAUGCCCUGAAGGUCCACCUCAUAAUCCACAUGCUUGUACUCAGCACCGUCGUUUUCCUUGUUAUGCAGCUUAUAUCGCACACAACUGCCAUAGGAGAUAUCGGAUCUUAUGUAAUGCCGCGGGCUUGGGAAGAGGCGUUCCUUGGACAAUGGUUCGAUAACGCAGAUAUGUUCAGGUGGAUAGCUGUCUAUCUGUUUGUGAGUCUGCGAGCAUGUUGGGGUGGUAUGCUGAACAGUUACACCCGGUACGAAGGAGAAGGGAUGUGGGGAGGAGGCGCAGGGCUACCAAAACAUGCUUGGAAAGUACACAGCGGAACAUUGAAGCAUGGCGGCAACGAUAUCUUGGAUCGUUUGGAACAAGAAGUGGGAAAGAAGAUCCGCAAAAACCCACACACGAUACGGAACGCCAUUCAGCGACACCACAGCAUGUACCCCAAAACCGCACAUCUGUGA